AUGCGGAAUGCUGGAACGACCGUUAUGGCCCGCACUAUGACAUAUCGUGGGACCCUAGCCUAUACCUACUUAGCAAGGCUGGUGUCGAGGAAAAUGGAGGAAAAGAGGCAUGGAUCGCCUCAUGGGGCAAAUAGACAGACGGCAAAAGUGUAUAAAAAAAGAAAUGAAGCAGCAGAGAGUAGGCAAGCAAGGAUAUGCAGGAUGCAGGCAGGCAACAGGAAAAGCCCCGUUGGUGGACAACUGACUUGA